GCGCCGGUCCCCGCCACGAUGUCGACCAAAGUUCUCCUGAUCCUCCUGGGCACGUUCAUAAUCCUUCCGUCGAGGAUUGAAGGACCUCAUGUUGAAUCAGAGAAGGGACCCUCUGCCAGUGAUCAUGAAGAAACAAAGCCCACUGCUAUUGACACCCAUGACAGACUUGGCAAAAUGCCAACAGCCACCGAAAUCCUGGACGGUAUCUUGAAUAACUAUGACUACAGACUGCGCCCUGGCAUUGGCGAGAGGCCCACUGUGGUCACUGUCGAGCUCUCUGUCAACACCCUUGGGCCCAUCUCUAUCCUGGACAUGGAAUACACCAUUGACAUCACCUUCUACCAGACUUGGUAUGAUGAACGCCUUCGUUUCAACGGCAGCUUUGAAAGCUUUGUUCUGAAUGGCAACUUGGUGAGCCUGUUAUGGAUCCCAGACACCUUUUUUAGGAAUUCUAAGAGGACCCAAGAGCAUUCGAUCACUAUGCCCAACCAGAUGGUCCGCAUCCACAAGGAUGGCAAGGUGUUGUACACGAUCAGGAUGGCCAUUGAUGCUGGAUGCUCACUCCACAUGCUCAAAUUUCCAAUGGAUUCUCACUCUUGCCCUCUGUCUUUCUCUAGCUUUUCCUAUCCUGAGAAUGAGAUCAUCUACAAGUGGGAAAAUUUCAAGCUUGAAAUCAAUGAGAGUAAUUCCUGGAAGCUCUUCCAGUUUGAUUUUAUAGGAGUGAGCAACACGACUGAAACUAUCACAACCCUAGCUGGCGAUUACAUAGUCAUGACGCUUUUCUUCAACGUGAGCAGGAGGUUUGGCUUUGUGGCCUUUCAAAACUAUGUCCCUUCUUCUGUGACCACGAUGAUCUCCUGGAUUUCUUUUUGGAUCAAGAGAGACUGUGCUCCAGCCAGGACCUCUUUAGGGGUCACUUCUGUACUCACCAUGACCACUUUGGGCACCUUUUCCCGGAAGAAUUUCCCACGUGUCUCCUAUAUCACAGCCUUGGAUUUCUAUAUUGCGAUCUGCUUCAUCUUCUGCUUCUGUGCUCUGAUGGAGUUUGCUGUGCUCAACUUCCUGACCUACAACCGGACAGCACCCCGUGGUUCUCCGAAACUUCGCCAUCCUCGUGCCCAUGCGCGUGACCCAACCCCUUCCCGUGUCCGUGUCAUCGAGCAUCCGGAAGCUUUUGUGUGUGACAUUGAGGACCCCGAGGAGGAGGAGGAGGAAAGUGAGGAAGAGGAGAGCGAGGAAGAGGAGGGCCCAUCUUGCCCAGCCCGGCAGUCCGUCAGGCCAGGCAGCACCCCUCGCCCUGGUGGCUGUUGCAAGUGGUGCGAGAAGUACUGCUGCAUGGUCCCCACUUGUGAGGGCGGCACCUGGCAGCAGGGCCGCCUCUUCAUCCACGUCUACCGCCUUGAUAACUACUCGCGAGUGAUUUUCCCAGUCACCUUCUUCUUCUUCAAUGUGCUCUACUGGCUUGUUUGCCUUAACCUGUAGGCACCGGCUGGUACCUUGUGGGGCAGCCUCCCCAGUUCCCCAGGAGGUCCCACAGCCUUUGCCUAGGGAGCUGGGGGAAGCAGCA